AUGCGCAACAAGUAUUUUUUCGGGUUUGCCUACACUUACGGGGCUCAAAAGGAGCACCCAGGCGCACACGGUGUUGAAGCUGUAUGGCCACCAGACGAGGUCGAGCCCGUACCUUCUUGGAUUCGUGAGCUCCUCAUCGAGCCUCUUGAGAAGCGAGGUGUCGUGCCAAAGGGUUGGAUCAACAGUGCGACUAUCAACGAUUACGCUGCGGGGGGGUGCAUUGUCUCGCACAUAGAUCCCCAGCAUCUGUUCGACCGGCCCAUCAUCGGGGUCAAUUUUUUCAGCGAGUGCAAUCUUGUAUUUGGGACAACUUUCAAGUUCCCCAAAGACGCAGCCGACAUUGAGUGCUCCACCCCGGUAUACGUUCACCAUUGUCAGCGAGGGUUUGCGACGAUUAUGAAGGGCUACAGCGCCAACGACAUCACCCAUGCCAUCCGGCCCUGCGAUCUGCCCUCACGGCGCGCCAGCAUCAUUCUCCGCCGUGUUUUGCCUACAGCGCCUGUGCUCCUCCGUGGCACUUGUGUGCCCCUCCGUGAUCUGCCCCAGGUGCUCAGUGGCGCGAAGCCUGACACAAAUCCUCUCAAGGGCAGGAGUUCAGCCUCGUCCGACACAGCGGCCGCACCGCCAGCUGCAAACACGCGCAGCCUACCCACGACGAGGCUGCGAAGCUCAGAGCGCCGCUACAAGUCAGGGGUGAUCUACAAUGUAAUGGCGGAGUCCUUCCUCACACAGGCCGAUCUGCAGAGUAUGUUCGAGAAGAUCUGCAAGGAUAGCUCUCUGCGCUGGUUCGCAGGGAGGCACAUUCUGGAUUUCAAAGUCGUCGGGCUGCCGCGGGUCGACUUGCCAUUCUCGUACCGCUUCAUCGCCCCUCUUGUCGAGGUGUUGACAUCGAUGGCGAGCCAGUCGAUGCGCGUUGGGGAGGAGACGCUCGCUAUCAUCCAAGUGAUCGUGAACUAUUACGAGGACGGCGGAAGCGAGGUGGCCCCGCAUCACCACAAGUGCCGCCAGAUCUGCGCCAGUUUGGGAGCUCAGCGCGACGUAGUCGUGGAAGGCGAGACGCUGACUAUGGGUAACGGCGAUGCGUUGCCGCUGUGGGGGGAAGUCCAUGCUGUCCCCCCGGCGAAGUGCAAGUCGGGGCCCCGCGCAAGUGUUUGCUUGUUCUACGGAAGCAGGAGAGAGUACGCAAUGAAGGAGAUAAGCGUCAACGCGAGGAAGGGCAAGUUCGGGGACAAUGCAUGGUGGACGCACCCUGCUGACGGUCAGCCAGGCAGAUGUUCAUUGCGGCGUGUUCCUUUAUGGGGCUUGUUUUCGUGGCCAACGGGACGUCCCCUACAGUAUGGACGUGUUCUGCUGAUGUUUCUGGAGGUGUGGCAACAGGCCUUCGCAAGUAUUAUUUGUAUGCAUUCUGAGGACAUAGUAUUGAGAUCGUCCUCUGUGCAUCGCAGUGAGAGGCAAUACAUCACCGUCCAACGGGAAGAAGGAGGGCCAGCAGGUUAG